AUGAAUCUGCCUCAUAUCGGAAACUUAAACAUGGAUUCAUGGCGUCGAGUGGGUGUAAUGUCCGUCCUUGCACCAUCCAGGCCGGCUCUGUUCCUGCUAGCGCCGCUCGCGCUGGCGCUUCUGGUGCUGCUGGCGGAACCCGCUUCGGGUUUUGAAGCCGACGCCCUUCCAGGCUGGCUUGGCGACACCUAUCGCUCCACGCCUGAUCCCAAGCCAGCAGCAGCUGAACCCGAACCUGGGCUGAACGAGCCUCGCAUUAUCCGGCUAUCGUGGAAACCAAGAGCGUGGAUCUACAAGCAGUUCCUGACACACGAGGAGUGCGAUCACAUUAUUGAGCUGGCGCGGCCCAACAUGACGCGCUCGGAAGUGGUGGCAGACAAUGGCACCGAAGAGAUAGACUCCAUUCGCACCAGCUACGGAACGUUCCUGGAAACUGCCCAGGAUGACGUGAUCAAGCGCAUUGAAGACCGCCUUGCUACCUGGACCUUCCUCCCCCCUGAGAACCAGGAGUCGAUGCAGGUGCUGCGGUAUGCAGUGGGGCAGAAGUAUGACUCGCAUCACGAUUUUUUCGAGGAGGACGAGAAGCAGCAGCAGGGGGGCCACCGCUACGCCACUGUGCUCAUGUACCUUACUGAUGGGUUCCGUGGGGGGGAGACCGUGUUUCCAGACUCGGAGAAGGACAAGCAAGAGAAGGAUGACACGUGGUCUGACUGUGGCAAGCAGGGUGUUGCAGCCAAGCCAGUGAAGGGCGACGCGCUGCUCUUCUUCUCCCUGAAACCCUCUGCCGAGCCCGACCUGGCCUCUCUCCACGCGGGCUGCCCCGUGCUGGCCGGGGAGAAGUGGUCCGCCACCAAGUGGAUCCACGUGCGCUCCUUCGAAGAAGAGGACGAGGAGGGGGUGGGGAACGCGGGCGGGAGUUCGUCUUCUUCUCACUCGCACCCGCCUGGUGCGUGUGUGGAUGAGAGUGAGCAUUGUGUUCCGUGGGCCAAGGCUGGGGAGUGUGAGAAGAACCCCGGGUAUAUGCACAGCAGCUGUGCUAGGAGCUGCGGUAAGUGCAGUGUACUUGCUGCUUCUGCUUGA